AUGUCCGACGACGACGGGGGCCUGUUCUGCAUCGCCAUCGACUCCGACGAAGAGGGCACGGCGAAGCCCCGGGACCACCAGUCCGAGGAGGCCUUCCAGGAGCUCCGGGCGACGUACAGAGUCAAGGAGCAGAACGGCGAGGUUUGGAAGACGAUUGAGCUGCCAUUGACACCUGGUCCGGCCAGCAAGCCCGUGUUGCAAGAACUUUUGCACGCUGUGGAGGAGCUGUACUUCUUUCGGAGGUACGAGGAGGGCGCGGCGUUUGUGAGGCGGGUCCUGGACGGAAGUGAGGCGGCGUUGGAUCGGGAUACGAAGGACAUGCUUAGCCGGUACGAGGCCAAGUGUCGAGGUCGGAUGGGAAACUGA